AUGGAGAAGGACACCAGUGCUGCGACUGCCCCUGUGGCAAAGAAGAAAACCCUCACCGGGAAGACAAUUGAGGCCUCGGGCCGCUUCGUUCGGGUGAAGGAAAUACACGAGGCCGUACACAAGAGCGAAGGCAUCCCCAUAGAACAACAACGCCUCAUUUGGGCGGGCCGCAACCUCGAGGCGGACAAGUUCGUAGAGGAAUACGGCAUCCCUGAUGGUGCCACCCUGCAUCUGGUGCUGCGGCUGGCUGAGUCUGGCACCAAUGCUGGCCUGAUGCUUCCCGCGGCCGCCGCGAAGAGGCAAGGCAACACAACGCAGCUCAAGCUCGCGGUCGAAUCAGUAAAGGCGAGCGGCGGCGGAGACGAAGACGAGAAUGCCAUGCGCCAGGACCACGGGGCGACGGAAGAGCUGUCCCUCGCGGAGAGUGAGGGUCUUCUCAAGACCCUCGGUGCGUUCGCACCCCGAGGCAGCGACCUCUUCGGAGAAGAAGAUGAGACCGACGCUGCCCCGGCGUUCGCCUUCAAGAAGGAAGAGCCAAGCGGCGAAGAUGCGAUGGAAGAGGAAGAGGGCGGAGAGGGUGGUGGCGGUCGCUCGCGUUACCCAGCCUUCCCCUCGGUCGGUGACGACGAUGAGAGGAGCAUGUCCGAAGAGGGCCAGAGUGAGCCUGAACGUCUUAAGGUGCUGCGGUACUCACCGGAGGGCGAGCUGAAGACGCCCAGCAGCCAAGUGAUCAUCACCUUCUCCCUGCCGAUGAUUCCGGUCACGUCGCACCAGGAGCUGCAGGAGAUGGGCAGCGUCGAGGGCGUCUCCAUCUCGCCAUUCAUCGACGGUUCAUGGAAGUGGCUCAAUGUACAUACACUGGCGUUCGAGUCUGAGAGCGGCUUCCCGCGCAGCACCGAGUUCAAGGUCAGGGUCGACAGCACCGCCAUGACCUCCACCAAGGGGGCGGCGUUGGCGGAAGACCUGGUCUUCUCGUUCACUACGGUCAGAAUCGGAGUCGCUUCGCACUCGCUGGGGUCGGAACUAGAGCAGGCUUGCGGCUUGCGCCCGACCAUCUUCAUGCGAUUCGACCAGCUGAUCGACCCCUCGAAAGUGCUGCCCAACGUAACUGCCAAGCGUACGGCAGCACACUACUCGGGCAUCGCUAACGAGAAAUCCCUGUUCAUUGCAGUGGUGGAGGAGGACCGAGAGAUUGGGCUGGAAGCCAUCGCUCCGUCCGAUGUGGCCGAUAAAUCGAUCGCUGCUCUGGUCGAAAGGGCAGACCCGGAGCGCAUUCUCAUCGUCAGACCCGUUGAAGAGUUGCCCAGGAACGCCAAGGUGGAACUGACGACCGGCCCUGGAACCCCUUCGGAGGAGGGACCUCUGCUCUCCACCACCGCGUCCAAGUUCAGUUUCAAGGUUAAGGCUCUUUGCCCUUCCGUAGAUGAGCGUGUGGCUCAAUUCCAGUGUGUUACGUUCCAUUUGGUGUGCCAGACGUACGGCCCUCUCGAGGUGGCUUCCUUCACGGCCGGCUGUUUCGCCUUCACCAACACCCUGGCUGCCGUUCUCACCGACGGCGACUACGACGCCAAGCAGCUGGUCACUGUCGUUCCGGAGCCCGAGAAUUUCAAGGUGGUGGCUGAGGGCUCGCGUAUCAAUAUACGCACGUUGCGGCCUGGGUGUUCCUACGCCAUCAAGCUAUCGCCUGACAUUACCGACCGUUGGGGCCAGCGAUUGAGCGGUGAGGCGGUCGAGCAGGAUUACGCGGUCACAAUUCCCCACAAGGCGGAAGCUCUUCAGGUCGGCAGUGGCAAGUUUUCCAUCAUCCCACUGUCCUUCACGCCCAAAUUUACUGUGGCCACGACGAACGUGGCCGCAGUCCGCUAUGAAGCCUUCGGGGUGAGCCCCAAGGAGUGGCUGCAGUACCGUGCCUUCAAGGCUAUCAGCGACUUGCGCGAAGCGUGGGCCAACAAGGAGCCCCUGGCCAACCAGAUCAUGACCAUAACCGCCGAGGAAGACAAGCGCACACUGUCCGAGAUCGAUCUGGAAGCCGUGUUUGAGCGAGCUGGCGGCUGUGCCAACGUCGUGGUUGUGGUAACGACGGUCACCCAGCAGCCUGAGGCUACGCCCAAGACGGGCUGGACCUGGCUGUGCCGCACCGACCUAUCGCUCGACGUGAUCGGAGAUCUGUCAUCGCUCCACACCUUCGUCACGUCGCUGAGCGAGCGCAAGCCGCAGGCGGAGGCCCGCAUCCGCCUUGUCUUCUCCAACGGUGACUUGACCGCCGGCACCACCAGUGAAUCCGGUCUGCUCUCGAUUGAUCGUACGCGGUACGACCUCUCCGGUAUCAAGGCCAUCUAUGUGACCAAGGGCGACGACUCGUGCCUGUGCCCGAUCAACGAAGACAAGCAAUACAACUGGCCGAAGAGGGAGAAGGACAUGGUGUACCACGUCAUCUCGGAACGGGGACUCUACCGCCCCGGCGAAGUGGUUCAUGUCAAGGGCUGGGUUCGCAAGCUCAAGAAGAACGGCGACCUCAAGAAAAUCGGCGGAAUGGUGGUGAUGACGAUCGCCAAUUCGCACUACCAAAACGUGUCGAUGCAUUCGACGAGGAUCGACGAGGACCAGGGGUCGUUUUCCCUGGAGUGGGAGAUUCCGGAGGACUUUAGGCUCGGCGUGGCGAAGCUCAAGUUCACCCAAGUGAGCGCCAAUGCCUUCUCUCCGACUCUCCUGCGCACCCUGUCACAGUCUGGACGUACCCUCACCGUUGAGCACCAACUCGACGUCGACAUUCAGCACUUCAGAAAUCCCGAGUUUGAGCUGGCCACCAAGGUGCUGGGUGCCGGCCCGCACAUCUGUGGGGACCCGCUCAACGUACAAGCCGAGGCCAAGUACUUCACUGGUGGUGCGCUGCCUGGAGCUGAGGUGGAGUGGAGCCUUGGUUGGGCGCCGGCCUCCUAUCGGCCGCCGAACACGGAGGGCUUCACAUUCAACUCCAAUGCCAGCGCCGGCUUCCCUCGUUCUGGGGGGCAGCACAAGGGCUCCACGGCUCGUGAUGGCACUCACCAAAUCAAGAUCACCGGCAAGCAGGAGAGCAAAACGCCCGCGCCGAUGUCGCUCACAGCCGUUGCCACCCUCAAGGACGUCAACCGCCAGUCGCUAUCGAAAGACUCAAAGAUCUUGCUGCACCCCUCCUCGCUCUACGUCGGCCUGCGGCCUGCCGCGAUGGUCCUCAACGGACCCGGCGAGGCCAUCCGCUGUUUCGUGACCGUAACCGACAUCGACGGCGAGCGUAAGCAGGGCGUGACGGUCAACCUCAAGGCUGUUGAAAAGAAGUGGGUGAAGGAUGGCGAGACGCUCGAGUGGAAGCAAAAGACUUGCCAAAAGCUGAAACAGAGCGUCACCUUGCAGUUUGAUGAUGAAGAGCGCAAGUCGGGGUUCGAGGUCAACUUCGGCCCGUGGCUCGAAGGCGAUCGCGUUCUGAUCAGCGCUUCCAUCGAGGACGAGCAGGGACGUCCCAACUACACGGAGAUCAACGUCUUUGCAUUCGCCGGCCUCAACAGGAUCGUCUUCCCGCACUCCUCCGCCGGCUCCAAGGUGUCGACCGAGAAAAAGAUCAAGCUGCUGGCCGACAAGGAGGAAUACAGCCCAGGCCUCGUCAGCGUGGCCAAGCACGGGAAGAUCGAAGUGUCCCGCGUCACCAUCACCGCGCCGGCCCAGAUAAUCUCCGUGCCUCUCGGCCCCGAGUCCUACCCCGGCGUGCACGUGGAAGUCAACCUGGUGCCCAAUCAGGACUCCUCCGUUACGUAUAUCACCCCAGCGAGCCUGUUCCUGAGCGUCUCCUCCGCGGAGGCCAGACUGGGCCUCAAGAUCACGCCCAGCGCCACCGUCUAUAAGCCUGGGGCGAAUGCAACGGUCGAUGUGAUGAUCACCGACCACGCCGGCGCUCCGGUCGGCGGCAACCUGGGCUGCGAGUGCACCUUCUACGCGGUGGACGAGAGCGUGCUGUUCCUCAGCGACUACAAGGUCAAGGACCCCAUCGCCUCCUUCUACCAGAACAGGGACAAGUGUUUCAAGAUGGUGUCGUCUCGCUCGGUGGUGAAAGGCUCGAUGGUCACCUUCGACAUUUUCGUGAAGACACUCACCGGAAAGACCCUGACCAUCGGGGUGGCGUCGUGGUUUACCCUGGAGGAUCUGAAGAACGUCAUCCAGGACAUGGAGGGCAUCCCGCCCGACCAGCAGCGCAUCAUCUUCGCUGGCAAGCAGCUCGAGGACGGCUGCACGCUCGGCGACUACAACAUCCAACCGGAGAGCACGCUCCACCUCGUGCUCAGGCUGCGGGGCGGUGGUGAUCCCUCGAUGAUGCCGCGAGCGGUCUAUAAGCGAGAGGACUUCCGCCCGCUGGCGGUGUUCCGUCCCGAUCUGGUCCCCAGCGACACUGGGCGCGUCCGCGUCUCCUUCGCGCUGCCCGACAACCUCACCCGGUAUCGCAUUAUCGCCAUCGCUGUGCACGACAAUCGUUUCGGCGUCGCCGAGUCGGCGAUCACGGCCCGGCUGCCCAUCAUGCUGCGCCCCUCUCCUCCCCGCUUCCUUUCUUUGGGCGACAAGUACUCGCAAUCGUUUGUGGUGCACAACGUGACCGACGAGCCGGUGGACGUGCGGGUGGCUCUGCGUGUGCACAAUCUCGAGAUCCUCGGCGCCCACGGCAAGUGCGUGCGAGUCGAAGCCAACAACAGGGCCGAGGUGCUGUUCCCGAUCGCGGCGUCGGUCGUGGGGAAGGAGGCGACGGUGGAGGCCGUGGCCAUGACCGGGCGCCAGAGCGUGUUCGGAGCCGAGAACGACGCGGCUCGGAUCGUUAUCGCCCUCAAGGAGCCGGCCGUGGUCGAGACCUUUGCCACCUGCGGCGAGCUGGAGGGCAGGGAACUGGUACAGCUGAUCAAGCCGCCGGCCAACGUCCACGAUCGCUUCGGUGGGCUCGAGGUUACGGCGUCGUCGACCAUGCUCACCUCGCUCUCCGACGCCUUCCACUACCUCUACUCCUACGAGUACGAAUGCAGCGAGCAGAUCUCGUCUCGUAUCAUCAGCAGCCUGGUGUUCGAGCCGCUGCUCCAGGCCUUCCGCGAUGUGUUCGCUGGCGUCAACCAGCGCGAGCUGCUGAAGAAGGUGGCCAAGGACGCCCGGAAGCUGCUCAAGAUGCAGAACAACGACGGCGGCUUUGGCUUCUGGCCCGGCACUAAGUCCAGCCCCUACGAUUACAGCGAUUCCGCCAGCAAGGAAAAUCCAUCUUGGCCCUUCGUCAGCCUGCACGCGGCGCACGCCAUGUUCCUGGUCGAGAAGGUCCGGUUCCAGUUCGAACAGCAGGUCACAGACAAGACGCUGGCCUACGUCAAGAGCCUCCUGGUGAGCAGGAAGGAGUGGCAAGCUAAGCAGGACGCGAAGGCCAAUCAGCCGCAGCCGAGGUUCGGCCGCCAGCCGACUGUUGAGCCGCACCCCAUCCCGGCCUUCUACUCGGCCAGCGCGCGCUACACCAUCCAAGCCUACGCAGUGUUCCUGCUGCACAAGUUCUUCCGUUCGGAGAAGGCCACCUAUCUUCACCACGCCCGUCGCCUGUUUGCCAAGGGCCUGGGCAAGCUGCCGCUCGAGGCCAUGGCCAUGGUCCUGCCCAUCGUGCACGAGGAGGAGCGCAAGGCCGCCCGUCGACACGAAGGGAAGGGCGAGGCGCUGCCCAAGACGCGCGCCGAGGUGGAGGCCAGCAUCGCCAAGACCGACCGCGCGCUGGAGGAGAUCGAGACCGCCCGGAACGAGAUCCUGCUGGGCGGGCUGGACUGGACGGGCGAGGACCUCGACAACAGCUUCCAGCGGGAGGCCCGCCUCCAGGUGUCGCUGGUCAAGCUGCAGCUUCUGCUGAACACGAUGCCCGAGGACAUGGAGCUGCAGGAGACCGACGAGAAGCCCAGCGAGCAGCCGCCCAGCCCGGUCACGUUGGUCCUGCACGAGAUCAACAAUCUCGCAGUGGAGACGGCCACCGGGGCACACUUUGCGACCAGCUACUCGAAUGACUACAACUACCUCGUGCUCCAUUCUUCUCGCAAGGUGGACGCUAUCCUCAUGUCGACCCUCAUUGCGGUGGAUCCCACCAACCCCUUGAUACCCAAGCUGGCCCGCAGCCUGCAGGAGGCCAAGAGGAAGGGCGCCUGGAACAGCACCCAGGAGAAUGUGUGGGUGCUCAUGGCCUUCGCCCAGUACUUCGAGACCCAAGAGAAGCACCGCCCGGACUUCGACGCCCGCUUCUGGGUCGAGGACGGCUAUCUGGGUCGUCAGGAGUUCAGAGGCCGCUCGGCCCACAGACAAUCCAUGUCGGUGCCCAUGAGCGCGCUCCUGGCCAAGCAAUUCGAAUUGGAGGCCGCCGGCCCCGAGGGCGUGCAGAAGGACGGCAUGGAUCUAGUCAUCAAGAAGCGGGGCCAAGGCAAGCUCUACUACCGCAUCGCGAUGAACUAUGCGCCGUCGCUGCACGAUCUUCCGGCGCUGAGCCGCGGUUUCUCUAUCAAGCGCGUCUACGAAAGCGUCGACGACCCGUCAGAGGUCGAUGUGGGUGCCGACGGCAGCAUCAAGGACAUGCUGCCCGCCGGCUUGGAGCCGCUCAAUCCCGACCUCAAGCAAGCCGGUGAUGACUACACGCAACAGAGCAACAACAGCCGCAAGGCCAUCCUCCUCGAACUGCUCGCCCUCGGCCGCGGCUAUGCGGUCGGGCUCUUGACGGGCUGGGAGGGCAGGUGGUUCGAUCACCAGGAGCUCAAGGACGAUCGCUGCGAGGCCUUCACCGCGUACCUGGCGCCGGGCGUCUACGAGUACACCUACCUCACGCGCGCCACGACUCUGGGCGUCUUCAUCGCCCCUCCGCCCAAGGUGGAGGAGAUGUACUCCCCCGAGACCUUUGGCCGGGGCACCACCGACAUUGUGCACGUCUUCUGCUGA